AUUUUGAAAGUCGUGUAACAGGCAAUAGAGGUGAUCAGCUGACUCUGAUGUUAGUAAAGCAAGUUGUCAGCCGGUGGAGGAAGCUGAGAUCAACCGGGUCGUUCAGCCUUUUCCGGCCGGUGGAUUCAUGCUGAGGGCGACCGAGAGCAGAAGGUGAACAGCGGGAAGGAUCGCUGCCGUCAGCAUGGACAUCCAGACCGAGAGACGGAGGCUGCUGGAUGAGGAGGGUGGAGAUGACGAUCCUACCGGACUGCUGUCCGAGCAGGAGGCUUAUCUCAGCAAAGUGAAGAACAGGAAGUUGUACCUGGCCUCGUUCGCCGCCGUUCUGGGUCCCAUGAGCUUCGGGUUUGUGCUGGGAUACAGCUCCCCCGCCAUCCCUGAGCUCAGCAGGAUUUCCGACCCUCGGCUGCGGCUCAACGAAGUGGAGGGCUCCUGGUUUGGGUCCAUCGUAACGAUCGGCGCGGCGGUGGGCGGCCUGCUGGGCGGCUGGAUGGUGCAGAGGAUCGGCAGGAAGCUGACGCUGAUGUCCUGCACGCUGCCCUACGUCUUCGGCUUCACCAUCAUCAUCGCCGCUCAGAACGUGUGGAUGCUGUACGUGGGCAGGGUGCUGACCGGCAUGGCCAGCGGCAUCACCUCGCUGGUUGUCCCGUUGUAUAUUUCUGAGACGGCGCAUGAGAAAGUCCGCGGGAUGCUGGGCUCCUGCGUUCAGCUCAUGGUGGUCUCUGGGAUCAUGGGAGUUUACCUGGCAGGUUUGUUCGUGGACUGGCGCUGGCUGGCGAUCUGCUGCUCGCUGCCGCCGUCGCUGCUGAUGGUCGCCAUGUGCUUCAUGCCCGAGACGCCGCGCUUCCUGCUGUCGAAGGGGAAGAGGCGGGAAGCUGAGGAGGCCUUACGCUUCCUGCGCGGGCCGGACGCUCCCAUCGAGUGGGAGUGCUCCCGCAUCGAGGACGCCUGCAACGAACAGGGUUCAGCGUUCCACCUGUCCGACCUGAAGGAUCCCGGCGUCUUCAAGCCGCUGCUGAUCAGCAUCAUGCUGAUGGUGUUUCAGCAGAUGACUGGGAUCAACGCCAUCAUGUUCUACGCUGAGGACAUAUUCGUACAGGCGCACUUCAAGGAGAGCGAACUGGCUUCGGUGAUCGUCGCUCUGAUUCAGGUCAUCUUCACUGGGAUCGCGGCGGUGAUCAUGGACCGGGCCGGCAGGAAGGUUCUGCUCGUCAUCUCAGGCGUGGCCAUGAUGAUCAGCACCACGGCGUUUGGCGUCUACUUCUACUUGACGCCCAAAGUUCCCAGCGGAGCGGCGGCGCCCCACGCUGACCUCACCUGGCUGGCUCUGGCCAGCAUGGCCGUCUUCAUCGCAGGCUUCGCCAUCGGCUGGGGUCCCAUCCCGUGGCUGAUCAUGUCGGAGGUCAUUCCCAUCAGAGUGAGAGGGUUUGCUGGAGCGGCGGUGGUUCUCAGUAACUGGGGCAUGGCCUUCGUCGUCACCAAAACCUUCCAGGACAUGAUGAACCUCAUAACCAGCGCCGGGACGUUCUGGCUCUUCGCCUGCAUGUGCGGCCUCAACAUCAUCUUCACCGUCAUCUUCGUCCCGGAAACCAAAGGCAAGACGCUGGAGCAGAUCGAAGCCCUUUUCAAAGGGACAUCAGGUCCAUGAAAGCCUCAAUCAUCGGACCUCAGGGGCCUGAACAGACUGUUAAAGUGGGCAUUCAGAAAAUAUCCUCCAAGAACAUGAAGCUAACUCAAACAUUUUCUCUUAUUUGCUUUUAUGACAGAAAACAGGUGAAUAUUUUUAAGUGAUUCUUGUCUGUUUUGUGAAAACUCAACUGUAUUUUAUUACUGUAUUAGUGAGGUGCAACCAAACUGCCAACAGAGAUGAUGAUGAUAAGUUGGACAUGUUGGCUGCUGAAAAAUAUCAUAAUCUGACAUCAACAGAGUCAGAAAGCUGUGAGGCGCCUGUUACUCUUCACUGCCCCCUGCAGGCCACAGAGGGAAGGACGCAAAGCUUUAACGGCUUCUUUAAAGAUUUCAGCGAUGCGAUGCAAAAACUUCACUAAGGCAAAAAGAUGUCUGUGGAGUUUCUUAAGUUUCUGUCUGUGUGUCCACACAGCGUUUUACAUAUUCUACCACUUAUAAAAACGGGUUUAAUGUGAUAAUAUAUAAAAAAGAUGAUUUUUGCUGUUAAGUUGAUAAAAUCUUUAUUUAACUCUUCCAACAAAACGUGAACUAAAACUUUUCCCUUUCUGAGUUUUUAUGCUGCUUUUUGCUACAUUUCUGUUAUGAUUUUCAGUUUGCUGAUUUAAGCUCAGUGUUGGGAAAAUUCAUACAGGAAAAUGUAAAACCAUAAGCCAUGAUCAGGACAAAAAUGUUAAAAGUCUCCACUUAUUCAUUAGUUUACACUAGAAACACUAUUUAAAGUUUAAACGAGUCGGCGGGUGUUAGGUUUUACCCGUUGGUGUUUGGAUGUCAUACACAGUUUUUAAAUAUUCACAGUGAAUAUUUAGGAGUGUUUUUAUUUGAUUUUACCACAAAAUGUCCAUGCUAGUGUCAUGAUCGAGUUUGAGCCUUUUAAAUAUUCAGAAACUAUUUUAGUUAAGCUAUUUUCAUGGUUGUAGUUUUAUUUUAUGUAAAAUUUGUGCAUCAAAGUGCAUAAAUGCUCGAAAUUCACCAACA